CAACAGGACCGCCCGCUCUCCACGCGCUGACGCCCAAUUUCCUCGAGCUCCAGCUGACGGACCCCGCGACACAUAAACAACAACCCCGCCGCCAUCAUGUCUGGAAGCGCAGGCUACGACCGGCACAUCACCAUCUUCUCGGACCAAGGUCGUCUCUACCAAGUCGAAUAUGCGUUCAAGGCAAUCACGGCGGCGAACAUCACAUCCGUGGGCGUGCGGGGCAAGGACUGCGCGGUAGUUAUUUCGCAGAAGAAGGUUCCUGACAAGCUGAUCGAGCCCUCGUCCGUCUCCCACAUCUUCAGGCUGUCGCCGUCGGUAGGCUGCGUUAUGACGGGGUCGAUAGCUGAUGCCAGGGCCUCCGUGAGCCGGGCGCGCGGCGAGGCUGCUGAGUUCCGCUACAAGUUUGGAUACGAGAUGCCUUGCGACGUGCUGGCCAAGCGGAUAGCCAACAUCAGCCAGGUCUACACCCAGCGGGCUUACAUGCGGCCGUUGGGCGUGGCCACCACGCUCAUCUCGCUCGACUCGGAAUUCGGACCCCAGCUGUACAAGUGCGACCCCGCAGGCUACUAUGUCGGCUACAAGGCGACAGCGUCAGGCCCCAAGACGCAGGAGGCGCUCAACUUCCUGGAGAAGAAGCUGAAGAACAGGGAGCAUGCAGAGGGUAGCUGGGAGGAGGUGGUUGAGCUCGGCAUCACGGCGCUGAGCACGGUGCUGUCGGUCGACUUUAAGAAGGGCGAGCUCGAGGUAGGCAUUGUGGGAGGACCCAGGACCGAUGGUGAGGACGGCACGGACCCGCUGUUCAGGUCGCUCACGGAGGAGGAAAUCGACGAACGGCUGCAGUCCAUCGCCGACAAGGACUGAGGCCCGGCGCGGCGGACCUGGGUUUAGUGGGCGCAAGAGAGGUCGCAGCGGGCUCGCAGGCUGCAUGAAGAGCCUCAGCGACGCCGUCCAGCGUGCCAAGAGAGGCAGUCGUGGGCGUUAAGACUGUUCAUGCUCUGCAUCGGGGGGCGUGCACUGAGAUCUGGCGUGAGACGGGAGGGGUCUCGCAAGCGGGAGUCCUCAGCCGCCAACGCGUGUGGUUGUGUAUGUAUUAGCCUCACAUCAAUGACAACGUUUCCUCUCACUCCAGCUGCACCGACGCAGGAACACAUGGCGCGACGUCAUGUCGCUGAUAUCACUGGCCACCAGCGAAAGCACAGCCGAAGUGUGGCUGACACCAGGGGAACUGUUGCGGUGACCCGCUCGCACCAUGAGCCUCGCCGGUAGCUGCCCGUGGUGCCUUUCAGUUCACCUUCACCACCGCUUAACAC